AUGUUUCAGUCAAGACAGGAACAAGCUGUAAACAGGCCAUUGAAACAUCCCCCAGCAUCCUGCCCCUUCCCAUCAUCCCACAGCAGCCUGCCAGUUCCCAUCAUCCCCCAGCAUCCUGCCCCUCCCAUCAUCCCCCAGCAUCCUGCCCCUUCCCAUCAUCCCACAGCAGCCUGCCCCUCCCAUCAUCCCCCAGCAUCCUGCCCCUUCCCAUCAUCCCCCAGCAUCCUGCCCCUUCCCAUCAUCCUGCCCCUUCCCAUCAUCCCCCAGCAUCCUGCCCCUUCCCAUCAUCCCCCAGCACCCUGCCCCUUCCCAUCAUCCUGCUCCUUGCCGUCAUCCCACAGCAUCCUGCCCCCUCCCAUCAUCCCCCAGCAUCAUGCCCCCUCCCAUCAUCCCACAGCAUCCUGCCCCUCCCAUCAUCCCCCAGCAUCAUGCCCCUUCCCAUCAUCCCACAGCAUCCUGCCCCUUCCCAUCAUCCCCCAGCAUCCUGCCCCUUCCCAUCAUCCCACAGCAUCCUGCCCCUUCCCAUCAUCCCCCAGCAUCCUGCCCCUUCCCAUCAUCCUGCCCCUUCCCAUCAUCCCCCAGCAUCCUGCCCCUUCCCGUCAUCCCCCAGCAUCCUGCCCCUUCCCGUCAUCCCACAGCACCCUGCCCCUUCCCAUCAUCCCCCAGCAUCCUGCCACCUUCCCAUCAUCCCCCAGCAUCCUGCCCCUUCCCGUCAUCCCACAGCAUCCUGCCCCUCCCAUCAUCCCCCAGCAUCCUGCCCCUUCCCAUCAUCCCCCAGCAUCCUGCCCCUUCCCAUCAUCCUGCCCCUUCCCGUCAUCCCACAGCAUCCUGCCCCUUCCCAUCAUCCCCCAGCAUCCUGCCCCUUCCCGUCAUCCCACAGCAUCCUGCCCCUCCCAUUAUCCCCCAGCAUCCUGCCCCUUCCCAUCAUCCCCCAGCAUCCUGCCCCUUCCCAUCAUCCUGCUCCUUCCCGUCAUCCCACAGCAUCCUGCCCCCUCCCAUCAUCCCCCAGCAUCAUGCCCCUUCCCAUCAUCCCCCAGCAUCCUGUCCCCUCCCAUCAUCCCACAGCAUCCUGCCCCUCCCAUCAUCCUGCCCCUUCCCAUCAUCCCACAGCGUCCUGCCCCUUCCCAUCAUCCCCCAGCAUCCUGCCCCUUCCCAUCAUCCCCCAGCAUCCUGCCCCUCCCAUCAUCCCCCAGCAUCAUGCCCCUUCCCAUCAUCCCGCAGCGUCCUGCCCCUUCCCAUCAUCCCACAGCGUCCUGCCCCUUCCCAUCAUCCCACAGCGUCCUGCCCCUUCCCAUCAUCCCACAGCGUCCUGCCCCUUCCCAUCAUCCCACAGCGUCCUGCCCCUUCCCAUCACCCCACAGCGUCCUGCCCCUUCCCAUCCCUAGGUUCUACAACACUUAA